AUGCAAAGAAAGUUCGACCGAAUUGCUGUUGUUCUUAUCGAUGCGAUGCGGGCAGACUUUGGCAUUUACGAGCCUCACUUGCCACCCGCACAGACACCGUUUUACAAGAACAAGUUGCCUGUAAUUCACGAGCUUCUCACUUCGGGUGAAGGACUAGAUGCUCACAUGUUUCGUUUCGUCGCCGAUUCUCCGACUACGACUACGCAGCGUUUGAAGGGACUGACGACCGGCUCGUUGCCGACCUUUAUCGAUGCCGGAGAGAACUUUGCUGCACAGUCCGUGGUAGAGGAUAACUGGAUAAAGAGAGCGAACGAGAACGGUUUGGUGUCUGUUAUGUUGGGCGAUAACACGCUACUGUAUCUAUAUCCGGGACUCUUCGACAGACAGUUUGGGUUUUAUUCGUUCGACGUGGCGGACCUUCAUUCGGUAGACAACGGCAUACUGCAAAAUCUCUAUUCGGAGUUGGAGAAAUCAGACUGGAAUGUUUUGGUGGCUCACUUUCUAGGCGUUGAUCACGCUGGCCACAGAUUUGGUCCAAACCACCCAGAAAUGGCUUCCAAGUUGUCUCAGAUGGAUGAAGUCUUGAGAGAAGUCGCUAACACAAUCGACAAUACUACCCUGCUCGUUGUGAUGGGGGACCACGGCAUGACGUCGUCUGGAGAACACGGCGGAGACAGCAGCCACGAAGUGAAUUCUUUUCUCUUUACGUACACUCCUUCGUCUGUGAUAGCCUCGUCCCCAGACUCAAGUAAACCUGGCAGUGAAAGUGGUGCUCUGCGAGACGUCUCUCAAAUCGACCUCGUCCCGACCAUCUCUCUUCUGCUCGGAUUGCCGAUCCCCUUCUCUAGUCUCGGUUCCGUCAUUCCAGAGAUGUUCGCCUCCGAUCGCGACAACAACCGCACCCUACUAGAGGCGAUGCGUCUGAAUUCCCACCAGUUGCAUCGCUAUCUCGACGCCUACGCCAAAACGUCGCAAGACCUUCCGUCCGCACAACUAGAGCAACUCACGACAGACUUCGAAACGCUAGAGAAAGGCUUCCACGCCUUUGUGUCUAAAGGAGAAGACGGAGACGCACAGCUGUUACAGAACGAGUACGAGAAGUAUUUCCAAAAGGUGCAGUCGAUGUGUAGAGAAGUGUGGGCAAAAUUGGAUUUAGUCUCGAUGAGCCUUGGCGUGGUCGUUCUCGCUUUGUCUUUGUUACCAAUACUGAGCUUCUUGCUGGACAACGGUUCGAGUCUAUGCGGUCGGCUACAGCGUUUUACCAAGUUAUGGCCACUAAUACUUACAGGUGGCACGUUUGGUUUGUUAUGUGGUAUUCCUCUCCACCUGAUCCUAGCAACAAAGGGCAACGAAGAGUUACCCAUUUUCCUCUGUUUUGGUUCUGCUCUUGGUUCCGUCUUUGCGUUCGUGUACUUCGAACGCGAAACGUUCACGAAGUUGUCGCCGGCGGCUUUCUGGACGACGCCAAAGAGCUGGAUAGCGCGCGCAGACAACGCGUCUGCGUCCUUCUUAGUGCUCCUUCAAUGUGUCGGUUCGUUCUCGAGCAGUUACAUAACGUACGAAGACGGUAGCGUCAACUAUCUCCUCAUAUCUCUCUACGUCGUCUAUUUCUGCAUCGCCUGUCGUCGUCUGGUCGAAUCCGAGAGCAAACUGUGUGAGACAAACACUCCGAUAAAGUGGGAGAAAUUCAAAGUAGUGGGCGUGUCUGCUCUAUUGGCGGUGAUCUGCUGUCGUGCAGCAACUUGCUUUCACGGAUGCUUUGAGAUGAAAGUUGAAUGCGAGCGUUCGUCGUUCUUGACGUCGUUAGCUGCAGUGCGACCGCUAAUCGGCUCCCUGACGGUCGCUCGUUAUGUCGUUUCUUGCUCUUGUGUUGCUCUCUUUCCUGCAGUUUGGUGGUUUAUGAUGAAAAGGAAUGGCCAACUGAACGGCAACGGUUUAUUGCAAGCGGCUGUAUCUUACGGGCUGCCUGUGAGCGUCGCUUGUGUUUGGAUCUAUUGGGCGCUGCAAUUUCUGCCCGCAGCCGUUCUCGAUCGACUGCCCAAUUGGCAACAUACUACAACUCCCCGGAUCGUCUACGUCAUCAGCGCCAUCACAGUUUUGGUGAUACUCGUAGGACCGAAUGUUUUGAGGGCAGUAAAUGGCAAACCACAUUUUAAUCAACUAGAAAGAUCGGUUGCAUUGUCAAACAGACGUCGCACCCGUCUGUCUCACUUCUCUGUGCUUUGGGUAAACACGUGGUUGGUACUUACUCUUCUUCAAGGUGACGGCUUAGCACCCGCUAUGCUGCUCUUCGCUUUACAAGCAGCUUUCACCAUCAAUUUUAUCGCUCUUCUUCCCAACGGAAAGCACAAAUCGAGAACGGAUGUAAGUUGGUGUGAUAUGGUCAUGUGGACGACGUUGAGUUAUCACUACUUUUACUGUACUGGUCAUCAGCCUCUACUGUCUGACAUCCGCUUUGAAGCUGCCUUCGUGGGACUCCGAGGGGCAGUCCACGGUGUCUUCUCUACAGCUCUAUCUACCUUUCUCAUACUACUCAACACGUUCACCUCACAGACUCUUUGCGUUGUUGGUCUGCCGCUCUUGCUGUUCGCUAAGCAAAGACUUUCUUCGACCGCUUUUUCUAACGUCACUUCGAUGCAAAAUGGAAUCGAGGGAGGAGAUAAGGGGCCCCUCCUGUCGACCACCGACGUUGACAGCACGUAUCGAUCGAUAUGUCGACUAUGUCUACUGUACACGGUUUGCCGCACAUUCAAGGUUAUGGCAACUGUUGUAGCGUCGGUAGUGUUGCGAAUUCAUCUCUACACAUGGAGGUUGUUUGCUCCUCGGUUUCUAUACGAAGUCGUUGGCUUCAUGUAUGAAGAAGUGCUACUGUUGGUCAUAUUCUUGUUUGUCGUAGCGCUAGACAAUAGGAUAAGAUCACAGUAGCUUGAUUAGAUCUUUGUAUAUAUAUAUAUAUAGUUCUUAUUGCUGUGCUUUUGGUCUGCUGCUCACUCAGGUGCAUGCAGGUAUAGCUUGUCUAGCUACUGUGUAUAGUAGUGUGCGG